UAUUUCAAUUAUUAAUCUAUUUUUAAGAGUUUUUAAUAAAAUAAUACAAUUAUUUUAAAAUAUUAAUUAUGGCAUCAAUUGUGGUGACAAUUGAAGAUAUUUUCGAUGAAUUGUUGAUCGAAAACAAUAGACUAAUAAAUGAGUUAUUGUUUGCCAACAAAUUGAAGAAGUUUUUGAUGAAAUUGAUUGAAAAGUAUGAAUCGGUUAUCGAUUGCGAAGACAAACAACAAUUCAAUGAUUUGACACAAGAAAUGACAAUCAAUGGUAAGCGAUGUCUUCGCAUAGAUUGUAACGAAAUCAAAGACAAUACUAAAGAAGUUAAUGUUUCUGAAACCGAUAAACGAAUUGCCAGAAGAAGACAAAAUAGAAGACAAAUUAUCGCAAAGAAGUUAAAAGCAAAUAAUGACGAAAAUGAUAAAUCAAAGAAGUUAUCAAAAGUGAAGACAAAAGCAACGAAUCACAUCUAUAGUGGACAUAAUGAGACUAAUGGUGAAACUGAUCCAAACAGCAAGACAUAUGAUAAAUCAAUUGGUGAACUGAUACGUUCGGCUAAUUGUUUUGAUUCGGUGACCAAUCAGUGGUCGUGUCCUGAAACUGGAUGUCACAAAGUCUAUAACAUUUAUAGCAGUAUCUAUAAACACAUACAUAGCUGUCAUCGAGAUGGCCAACAAAUAGUUUGUAAUUAUCCCGAUUGUGGAAAAACAUUGAAAGGAAGAGAUAGUUAUGUAAAUCAUCUGAAGAUUCACACCGAAGACAGUGUAUAUGUGUGUCAGUACAAGGAUUGCAACAGAAGAUAUAUAACCCAAUCACGGCUAACUACACACAUGAAGAUUCACUCAACAUAUCGGGUAGAGUGUCCACUAUGUCACCGAAAAUUUACAACUAAAGGUAAUCUGGCGGCACAUCAGCGUAACAAAUGCAGACUUACGACAACAGUUGCGUACAAUUGUGUGAUUUGUGGCCAACAUUUUCGGACUCACUACCGGCUACGUGACCAUAAGGCCAAAAUCCAUGACAUUCAUCGGCGAAUCAACAUUCGCUCGUGUGAGUGGCCGGGUUGUGACUACACAACCAAACGAUCCUAUUUGCUUAAAUAUCACAUGAAUCGGGUUCACCGCAAUUACCGGCCGUUUGUAUGCGAUUGGCCCGACUGUGACAAACGAUUUAUUAAUAAAGAGAUACUAAAUGAUCACAAAAACAUGCAUUUGAAGAUCAAACGACACGCCUGUCAAUGGCCGGGAUGUACGUUCCGGUGCACACUUCGCUGCAAUUUAUAUAAACAUAAAAAAGUAAGAUUUUUUUUUGAAGAAGUUUUCAGGAAAAAAACUCAGACAAAUACAAAGAAAUUUUGA